GUCCGAAUACCACACAAGCACACACCUAUCAGUUAGCGCCCGCCAGGGGAGGAGGGCCGCUAACAAUCGGCCGUAUCUGUCCUUGUCACCUUGUCAUCACCACCACUUCGACACCGUCUGGGACUUGCGACGCCCAAAUAUUGCCAGCUACACGCAAUCCGCGAUAGGCCAGUUGCUUGUUUAGGCGAGGGACCUGCCUAUUUGGCUCAGCUGACAAGCAAAUAAAUGCAAUGCAUACACGCCAAUGCAGCUUCAUUGUACGUCGCUAGCCUGUCUGCCCGAUUGAAUUCGGAUGGCGUGCCUUCAUCAUGGUUGCAUCAGGGUGGCCCCCCCCAGGGAGCUAGUUGAGCCGUGGGAACGGAACACCACCGAGGAGCGACGUAAAAGUGAGCGAUGGCCGAAAAUGUAUUUAGCUGACCAGCAUCCCGGGCUUCGUCAGAGGCGGUCCAUCCUGCAUAAAUUGGCUAAACAAGACAUCGGACGGCUCUUCGUUUGGCAUUUCCGCUAGGUUCAAACCCCUGGCUCGCCCUUCACCUUUCUUUCUUUCUUGUCUUACUUCCACAGCCGAUCGUCUUCGGUUGCUUUUUUGGACGCCAGACUGUCUCACAAAGCACGCGCCUUUUGGUCCGUCCGCAUAAUCUCUUUGUCGCAAACAUGCAGUUGCCAUUGGCUGCUGCCCUUCUGGCGGCUUACACCGUCCUCGCCACGCCGGCCACAACCUCAGACCUUCCCGCUUUGCAAGAUGCCGCAAUUUCGAUACAGGGCAGCCGCAGGGUUCAGUUUGACGUAAACGCAUGGAUUGAGAAUGUCGUGGUUCAACCCAAUGGCAAUCUCAUCCUAACCCAGCUCUCCCCCAACGCUACCGUCUACGAAGUCGUAAAGCCUUGGGAACCCAAGCCGACAUUGAGAACGCUCUUCACUAUUCCUGGCAUUUCUGGUGUCACCGGUAUUGCCUCCAUCAGCUAUAACAGAUAUGUCUUCUUUGGUGGCAACUUCAGCUUUGAAGGCGCCCAGGCUGGCUCUUGGAGCGCCUACACGCUCGACAUGAAUCCGCCCCAGCCCAGGUAUAAGAAGAUCACCGCCAUGCCCGAGGCCGUUUUCCUUAAUGGCGCUUCCAAAGUACCAUACUAUGAUGACUUGGUUCUUGUUGGAGACUCGAAGCUGGGCCAAGUCUUUCGAUUGAACGCAACAUCCGGCACCUAUGAUGUGCCGCAAAAAUACGAUGUAAUGAACCAUGAUUCGGUCGAGCCAUUGUCACUGGGCAUCAACGGGGUUCGCCUCCACGGCAACUACUUGUACUGGACGAACUGGGACAAACACUCUUACUAUAAGCUUGAGGUCUCAUGCGAUGGAACCACUGCCCCCGGCGCAACGCCCAUCCUCAUUGGCAAGAAAUCGGAGACUGUGCUGGACGAUUUCGACUUCUAUAACAACACUGACACUGCCUUUGUUGCUACCAAUUACGGAGAUUCCAUCUUACGAAUUACGGCAGAUGGUACACAAGAUAUUGUUGCUGGGGGCGCCAAUGAUACCCUGCUCAAUACUGUCAGUGCCUGUAAGUUCGGCAAGUCUGCUUCAGACAAGCGCGUCUUGUACGCUGUUACUGCUGGAGCACAUUCCCCAACCCCCAACGACCCGAAUCAAACAGGAGCCAGGGUCAUUGCCUACGACCUAGCUCCUCUGAUCCGUUAACUCGGCAUAUCAAUUUCCGAUGGACGUUUUUCUCUUCUUUUGCACUGUACAUAUUUGCUCACCGAUGGGUGUCCCUGCCGCGAACUUGAUGUUGCGCGUUCUUCCCACGACAUUAUCUAUACACAGGGGACAGAUGCAGCCAUUGAUUAGAGAGCUCUGCAUCCAUAUUUCUUGAGAUGAACAUAGUUGGACACGUUCUGCACAACCAAUGUGAUGUACAUAAAUAGCUAGCUAGAGGGAGCUCUACUCUGAGCCGUGGGUGGCUGUCGUCAAGGGCAUACUUUAUAGCAGCCUUCUAAAGUGAAGGUUGUCGUUUAAAAAAAAACAAGAGAAAUAUUCACUAGUGCUAGUGCUAUAUGGUUGCCUUAAACUCAGUGCUAAUUUAAGACAAUUUUAGAAUUCGGGUGCCUGGCCCGGACAACUGUUUUAAGGUUUCGCAUAAUUGACUUGGAACCCAUUAAGUUCGCCGUGGUGGUCAUCUAGCGCUUGGAAACCACCAGCCAACCGCUAAACGCCUGCCUAUAGGGCGCCGUUAGGCACCUCCAUUUCUGUUUGGCUGUGAUGCAAGUCACGUGGCCGGUCUCCUGUCUCACAGCCAACAGGCGG